UAGAGUAGGUGAGGACACUUCCUAUCAUAGACCGAUAGAAAGAAGUCAUCAGCCGUUGUUCCGCCUGAUUUUUCCACAGGACUCUAAGGAAAUGAAGUCUCUGUUGAGCCUUACUAACCACCAAGGACGUGUUGUUUUUACAGAUCUGGCUAGAGUUGGGAGAUCUAGAUCUAGAGAUGGUUAGAAUGGGAGACCACUAGGAAAUCCUCCCCCCCCCCCCCCCGGAGAGGGUGAGGGAGGAAUUAUCAUGGAUUGGAAAGUCAAAAAUAAUUAUGGAAAAAGACAACUACAAGUAGUCCUCGAAGUACGACCACAAUUGAGCCCAGAAUUUGUGCAGUUAAGUGAGACAUUUGUUUUGGGGAUGUCCAUGGUAAAAAUGGCAAGAGAUGGCAAUGGCAACACCAGUGACACACCCAGUACGUGGUUUGGACAGUGCCAGUACACAGCAGACGAGUAUCAGGCUGUUCAGGCUGCUCUGAGGCAGAGGCUGGGCCCAGAAUACAUCAGUAGCAGACAAGCCGGAGGAGGACAGAAGGUUUGCUACAUAGAGGGACACAGAGUCAUCAGCCUGGCCAAUGAAAUGUUUGGAUAUAAUGGCUGGGCUCAUUCUGUCACUCAGCAGAACGUUGAUUUUGUUGAUCUAAAUAAUGGCAAAUUCUAUGUGGGUGUUUGUGCUUUUGUGAAAGUUCAGCUUAAGGAUGGGGCUUACCAUGAAGAUGUUGGCUAUGGAGUAAGUGAAGGCUUGAAAUCGAAGGCCUUGUCCCUUGAAAAAGCAAGGAAAGAGGCUGUCACAGAUGGAUUGAAGAGGGCACUCAAGUGCUUUGGUAAUGCUCUUGGGAACUGUAUUUUGGAUAAGGACUACUUGCGCUCAGUGAAUAAGCUCCCCCGUCAGAUGCCUCCAGAUUUAGAUUUGGACAAAGUUAAAAGGCAGGACUUUGAUCCUACUAUAGAGAAAGCAAGAUAUAACAGCUGCUUGCAAAAAGGAAGUGAAGACCAGAAGUUCUUCUCCUUGUCAACCCCAAGCAAAUCUUGCAAGUUGGCUUCUCCCUUGAACGCUACUGAACAAAACCAAAACAGGAUCUCACUGCCCUUGGAUUACGAUGCAACUCACCUUCGGAAGAUACGACAGAAGCAGCUUCAACAGCAGUUCAGACAGCAGAUGCAGGAGAAACAGCAGAUCCAGUCAGAUGUUUCAGCUUGCAGAACUAAAGAUCAAGAGGUGUCCAUUCCCACUGCCUUGGAAGGCAACUCUUCUGUACAACCGCAAUCUGUUGUGGAUGAAUUCCUUGCAGAUGAUCCAGAACUGUGGGACUUUCCUUUGGAAGCAAAUGAUCAAAAUACAGCAGCAGUGCCAGCCCAAUGCUUACGUUCACCUCUUGGACAGCAUACCAUGAUGACUCGCAGCCAAACCCCACAAAGAAUAAAUAAUCAGCAAUCAAAUAUAAAACCUUCAUCUUGGCACCUGGCCUCCAGUCCCAAAUCUUACUUACCAGCUGAACGUAGCCCCUACCGAAGAGGCCAAGGAAUGAAAAAGAGAAGACUGGAGCCUGCAUAGAAAGCAUUUAAGAUUUCAGCAUGAGGGUUUUAAUUCAGAAUACAUUUUAGUCCAAUAAAGUUGCAGACCAAAGUAUCUUUCCUAGAUUUUAUUACAGAAAAAAGCGCAUUGCUUUGCAGUAUUUAACUAAUGGCUUAAAAUGCCAUUUCAACUGUAGUUAAAAGAAUUAAAUAUUACAAGCCCUAAUAUUUCAUUUUAUAUGUAAUUCUAUUUUAAAAUUUAAAAAGGCACUUUCUUAACUUUCUUCAUUCCAAUCAGAAGAGAGCAAUUUUAGUAAUAAUAUAUUCUAAAUGUGUUAUAAGUGCUCUAAGCUGGAUAUGAAUUCGAUGUUCAGGGACAACAUUUUUAAUUUAAAUUAUAAUUGUCCCUUUUUUUGAUGAACAAAACCAACAAAAGAUUUCCACUUAUUCAAAGAGGUACAAUCUGAAAAUAUUGGGAAAAUUUACUGUUAGAAGUAUAGAAAAGCAUGCUUUUUAAGUGUGUAUGUGAUGGGGGAGGGGAAGGGAAAUAUGUGUGUCUUGGACUUUUUAUGUUGUAUUGAUCCACUAGCAGAGUCUGAGAAAACAAAAAUCAAUCAUUAGAACAGUAUAAUUCAUUUUCAAAUCUAUAAAUUAAUGCAGCAUCUCAUGUAAUCAUGAACUCUGAUUGUGCUGCUUGCAUUAAAUAGCAUAGCAGUAAAUAUUGUUGCGUAAACUGUCUCUGGAUUCUCUACCACAUCUUGGUAGAUAGGAGAGGUAGCAGGUUACUGGUUUUGUAUUCAGACUGUCAUGUUUUCUAAGUCACUUGCACAAAUAUAUAUGUGUGUAUA